AUGCUCAAGUGUUUAACCAGAAAGUCUGAUCCAGUUUGUAAAUCUCAAAGUUACAAGUUAAAAAAUCGAAAAUAUCGGGAAGAGUAGAUAAUUGCAGAGGGAGGGUAUGCAUAUAUUUGGAAAUGUGAGAACUUUGCUAUAAAAAGAAUAUUCAUCCAAUCCUAAGAAGUCUAUAAAAUGGCAAUGUAAGAAAUAAGUAUAAUGACAAGAUUACCAGAACAUCCAAAUAUUGUGAAAUUAGUCGAUUAUGGAGAGGUUAAAAUACAAAACAAAAUGUUUGUUUGUCUAGUAAUGGAAUUUUGCUAAAGCAACUUAUUUUCUGUUUUAUAGCAGGAAGUAUUAAGUGAGAGAAGAAUUAUAGAGAUAUUUAAAUAAAUUCUUGAUGGAUUGGAAGUAUUGCAUGCAGAAUAGAUUAGUCAUAGAGAUUUAAAACUUGAAAAUAUACUUUUACAAGGGGAAUCCUUUAAGUUGUGUGAUUUUGGAUCAGCAUCCAAUGAAAUCAUUGACCUCAGCCAAUUGAACAAGGCGUAAUUGCUAUAGUAAGAGGAGGUGUUCUCUUAAACAACCACUAUUACAUAUAGACCCCCCGAGAUGAUUGAUGUAUUGACAAGAUAGGUGAUAGAUACAAAAGUGGACAUCUGGUAAUUGGGAUGCAUUUUGUAUAGCAUGUGUUUUCGUAAAUCGGCAUUCUCAGAAUAGAACAAAAUAGGAAUUGCACAGGCAUUAUUCGAAAUUCCUUAAUCCUAAAUUUCGAUAAGUACUGUGACAUUGAUUUAAAAAAUGUUGUAAUAAGAUCCAAAGAAGAGGCCGACGAUCAAAGAGAUCAAGAUUUCAUUGUAUGGUGGUACAGAGGAGGAUGAAUGGGGUGAAUUCUAAUGA